GGCAACAUCUGAGGUUUGUCAGUGUGUAUUAUUUUUGCACGAAGAGUGGAUGGAGUGUGUGAUCGAUUAUAAAUCUUACAAAUUUUCUAAUUUACUGUUGUUAAUGUAUUUAAAUACAGCAAGAUUCUGAAAAUGUCGCGUGCUUACCGUCCUGAAAAUGCCGAAAAACGUGCUAAAGAAUUCCUUGAUGUGGGGAAGCCUAGCCGUGCGCUUGAUGUCCUCUAUGAGGUCAUCAGGCGUGGCAAGAUGCGCAACAACCCUUGUGAAGUGCUGCAGCCCAUCAUGUUCAUGUACCUGAGGCUCUGUGUUGAGCUCAAGAAGAGCCAUCUUGCCAAGGAAGGCUUGUAUCAGUACAGAAACAUCUUCCAAAGUAUUGAUGUGAAUACCUUGGAGACUGUGGUGCGGUUUUACCUGACACUUGCGGAAGAACGUACUGAGGCAGCACGCAAGGAGAGCCACGAGGCUGUGUCAGCUGUUGAUGACCUGGACAACCUGGCUUCUCCUGAAGAGAUGCUCCUCAGUGCAGUCUCUGGUGAAGAUGCUCAAGAUAGAAGUGACAGGACCAUCCUGACUCCUUGGGUGAAGUUUCUGUGGGAAAGUUACCGCCAAUGUCUGGAGCUGCUCCGCAAUAACUCUCGCGUUGAGAAGCUCUACCAUGACAUCACCAAGAAAGCAUUCAAUUUCUGUGAGCGUUAUCAGCGGAGGACGGAAUUCCGCAAGCUCUGUGACUACCUCCUGAAACACCUUGAGCAUCUGCAGAAGCCUCCCACCUCGGCCACGUCAGUGUCUCUCUCCAACCCUGAGACCCAACAGAUGAACCUGGAGACGCGUCUUGUUCAGUUGGACCAUGCGAUUCGAAUGGAAUUAUGGCAGGAGGCUUAUCGCGCUAUUGAGUAUGUGUCAGACCUCAUGGGCAAGAGCAAGAAAAGUCCAAAACCUCAGAUCAUGGCCACAUAUUAUCAGAAGCUGGCUCUUGUUUUCUGGAAGGCUGGAAACCAACUGUUCCACGCCGCAGCUUUGCUCAAGCUUUUUCAACUGAAUAGAGAGCAGAAGAAGAACAUUACAGCUGAGGAAGUUACCAAGAAGGCGUCUGUUGUGCUGGUUGCCACCAUGGCCAUCCCUUUGCCCUCUGCUCAUCCUGAGUUUGAUCGGUUCAUUGAAACCGAAAAAAGUGCUAUGGAAAAAGUAGCCAAGCUUGCAGCCCUUCUCAACAUGCCCAAGCCUCCAACCAGGAUUUCGCUAUUCCGGGAGCUUGUAAGGUGCGGAGUAAUAGCUGCUGUGCCUGUGGAGUUACAGAAUUUGUACCGUCUGCUGGAGGUGUCUUUUGACCCCCUAAACUUGUGCUCCUCUAUGAAGCAGCAGCUAGUGUGGGUGUCGCAGCAGCCUGACCUCGAACAAUAUUGCACGGCUAUCCAAGAAAUGACAGUUACACGACUCAUCAAGCAGCUAUCACAAGUCUACAGCACUGUCACCUUCAAGUGGCUUGUUGAAGUGUCGGUUUUCAUGGCACCUUUUGAACUGGAAAGGAUUCUGGUGGACUUGGUACGGCACAACGACCUGCAGAUCCGUAUUGAUCAUCGUAAUAGUUGCGUCCACUUUGGGUCUGCACUGAGCGAAUGUCAGAGAGAAGACUUGCCUGAAGGUCCCACUCUACAACCCAUGCCGUCUGAAAGCAUUCGCUGUCAACUCGUGCACAUGAAUAACGUACUCAAUAACUGCCUUUCGCUUAUAGUUCCCAAUGCGCGUUCAGAAGAAAUGCAAAGCGUUCGGGCGGCAUGCAUUCAACUCUAUAAAGAGACAAGGAAACGUGACCACGAUAAGAUUCUUGCUCGUCAGAACACAAUUGAGAUAAGGAAAGAACGCCUUGAAAACCAGACUCUGGAGCGAGAGGAAAGUAUAAGGAAAGCUCAGGAACUGCAACAGCAAAAGCAGAAGAUUGAAGAGCAAGACAGGCUGAAACGAGAAGCCACUGAGCGCGAAAAGUUGCGACAAGAAGAGCAGCUUAAGCAGAUCCAUACAAAGCAAAUCAAGGACAAGCUAAUGCAGAUCAGUCAAACUUCUUAUGGACAGAAAAUGAUUGAAAAGUUCAAUGAAGAAGAGCUGCUCAGCUUGGAUGCUGAUGAAAUAUUGCAAAGACAGGUUGAGGAGCUCGAGAAAGAGAGGAAAGAGUUGCAACAGAGGCUCAAGACUCAAGAGAAAAAAAUUGAUUAUCAUGAACGAGCUAAGCGUCUUGUUGAGAUUCCUAAGUUCAACGAGAUGUACGAAAAGCAGAAAGAGCAAGACAAAGAGUUCUGGAAGGUGGAAGAAGAGAAGCGUGUGGCGAAGCUUAUAGAAGAGCAUCGCCAGGCCUUGGAGAUGUGCAAGCGCUUUAACCACAUGAAGUCCGACCUCAACCAGUUCCUUGACGGCAUAAAGUCGGCACGUCGGUCUGAAAUGGAAAAGAAAUUGAACGAUUUUAAUGCACGGCUUGACGUGGAGCGCAAAAAGCGACUGCUUGAGAGGAAGGAGCAGCGACGAAGAGAACGUGAAGAAACUCACUUGCGUCGUGAACGUGAGGAGCAGCAGAGACGACAUGACGAGGAAAUGAAAAAGAUGAAGGAAAUGAAGGAGAAGGAAGAAAUGGAGCGACAGAGGCAAGAAGAGGAAGAAUAUCAAAGAAAGAGACAAGAACUGGAUAGACAAGAAAAAAUGCGCAGGGAGAAGGAAAUGGAAGUGGAGCGUCAGUUGCGGGAAAAAGAGGCCAAGCAACAGCAAGCUUGGCGAGCAAGUAGAGACGAAAGAAAUGAUGGACCUCGUCGCGGAGAUGAUGAUGGUAAAUCUGGUAUAUAUCGACCUGCGGCGGGAACUUGGAACGAUAGGCAUGAGGAAAAUUUGAAUGUGUGGCGCAAGAAAGAAAAUAUGGAGCCGCCUCCUGAGCCAUCACGCAGGGAACCGCCGCGGGAUAUUAGACUCGACGAAGGCUUCAAAGAAGAACAGCGUCGUCGGGAGGAGGAACGUGAACGCGGUCUUGCUCGAGACGAUGACAGACGCCCACUUCGUCGAGAUGGCGCUGCUCCACGACGUGACGAUGAUAAGUUUGGUAGACGUGACGGCGAUAGGUUCGGUGGGAGUCGUGGCUUCGGCGACAAAGAUCGUGGUCGCUGGAACGAUGAUGACCGACGGGGCGGUGGGUUCAGUGACAGGAGGGGAGGUGAUCCUGAUGACAGCCGUCGAGGAGGUGGUUACCGUCGUGGUGGUGAUGGAGUCAGAAAUGAUUUUCACAGAGGGGAAGAACGAGGCGACUUCCGUCGCGGCGACCGAGAAAAUGCCGGCGAUUUCCGCCGAGGCGACCGAGAAAGCGCAGGUGAUUUCCGCCGAGACCGAGAUAAUGCCGGCGAUUUCCGUCGUGGUGACCGGGAAAAUGCCGGAGAGUGGCGCAAGGAUGGCGGCGGCCCUCCGCCCCGCGGUGGGGGUCGGGACAUUGACCGGCGACCGCCUCCUGGAGGCCGAGGCCUGGACGACGACGAACGUAAUUGGCGAAACAAACCUGCCGAGCAACGCCCCCCUCCACGGCGUGAAGAAGAGGAAGGGGUACGUGGUGGUGGCGGCGGCCGUGGUGGUGGUGGAAAUGUGUGGCGACGCGGUGGAGGCGGCGGUGGCGGUGGUGGCGGCGGCGAAACUGGUAGUGGUGGCCGAGAUGCCCAUCCACCUGCGCCACGUAAGGAGAAGCAAGUACAAGAACCUGACGCUGAAGGCUGGAUGAAAGUGCGCAAAUAGUGACGAAAGUUGAACACAAGUUUUGCUUGCUGCUGAAGCCUUCGAAGUUCUUCUGCAGCGAGCUACCGCCUGGGAUCUUUUCGCGCCCGCACACCGACGUGCGUUGCUAGAUGAGAUUGCUCCCAGGUUUUUCUAACGUGAAUCCUGGUGUGUUAACUGCUGUUCUUCAACGACUAAGCGUUACUCCGUGCAUUCUGGAACGCGAAGCGUUUGUGUUUUUGGACUUUUGCUGUGCUCUUCAAAGCAAGUCAUGCAUGUUACAAUGAAAUUGACGAUUCAUAGUCGAAUUAUAUUCGUGUUUAUUAUCCUAGGAUUUUUGUACCUCUUCAAUCUUAUGAACUCUUCGGUACUUGUUAAAUUUUUUUUUCGAAUUUUCCGUGUUCUCAUGAAUAAUACCGUUUGUAGUGACAUGGAUUUAAAUUCUUUCGUUCUCGAAACACUAUCAAUGCCAUGUGAAGAGUCGUGUCUUCCACAUGUACGUCGCGGAGAAUUAUUCGGCGUCUAUUUGGUAUUAAGACUUAUACUUGUGAAUUUCAUUGUGUAUUUGAUGCUAUUUGGAGACUUAUUGUUUACUAUCGUUUACUUGAUGGAUUAUCAUAAAGUAUUAUACUUUGUUUCGUGUUGAGGAGGGGAGAGUAGCCGAGUCGCGUAACAGCAGUAUUUGGUCACAAGUUUCAUAUUUGCUUUCAAGUUUCAUGCUUGCUCUAUUUUUUUCUCGCAUUAUGUGAUACACAUCAAUGAAUAAGGCUUUUUUCUAAUAUUUUCUUUGAUAAUUUGAUCACCCUACUGCCAUGCACGAUAUGGAGAGAAAAGUAUUAAUUUAUGUAUGUUAUCUAAUAAAUCACUUACACAUAUAUCACACUUUCAUUCAUUUUUCUGAUGCAGAUGUACGUUUAAACCUUUACGAGAUCUCAAUUUCUGCAAGGCAGUUCUGAUUUCAAUACGUUUUCGCUCAGUUACUGGCUUGAUUUAAUUUAUCAUCAGUACCUACCGAGAACCAGUUGUCACUGACAAAUUAAAUUCAACAAUUUUGAAGUUCUCUGAUAUCGUUCAUUAUCAUUCGCUCAAGAAAAGGGUACCAAUUGAUAAACUGGCAUGCGUCUCGCCUGCUCUCCCCUCCCUAACCAUCGAGUUUUUCAAGGUAAAAAUCCACUCUGAAGCUGAUUUCAACUGAUUGGUCUCUCCAUAGUACUCGUGGAUCUUUUUAUUUGCAGUUGUUGAUAAUGCCAAUUUGGGAUAUUGUGUGCUUGUAUAUAUUUAACCGCGAUUUUUCGUAGUUACAGGCUGGGGUUUUUGGUGCACGGUGGCACAUUAUAUUCGGUGCUUCAAAGACUGGUGUAUAGACGUAAUAAAACAAUUUCUCCCACCAAUGGUGUGUAAACUAUAUAAGAGUGAAGCUCAACUUAUGUUGGGGUUGGUGCUCAUUUAAUUCGCCUAUCAUUUUUUCUAAUUAUUUAUGCACAAGGUGAAGAUGAAUAGAAUGGGUAAAGGGAUUUUUGUUAGACAUUAAAAGCUUUGAUGUUAAUGCGAAAUGAACGUUAAUGAACGAAUAUUGAUUACGUGCUUCAUACAAGACGUAAUAUGCUUGACACUUACGAUUACGUCAUCGGCUGAAAUGAAUUUCUUUCUUGUAAUUUGAACGAGGAAUGCAGCGUGUAAGCUAU